UAUUAAACUAACGCUGUUUUGUCAUGUCUGUUGUCUCUAGGUAUUACACUAAUGCUGUGUAGUCAUGGUUUUAGAGUGUUUGUGGGUUGGAUUAAGGCUAAUCUUCUGGUGUUGCAUCAUUCUGCCAGACUGAAAGGACCACCCCUUUGUGUAUGUGUGCUUGUUUGCUGAGCUGUUAAUAAAGUUAAUCAAAUUAAACAUUCGGCACGCUCGCCACACACGCUGCCCUCUGACCUCUCCUCUCAGCCAAUCACAGGCCUCACUCCACCACACACAGCCAACCAGGAGACGGAUCUGUCACAAUUGCCUGGAGUGAUCAGAGAGUUGACACAUGGACACCAUUAGAAGAACACUGCUGAGACAGCCUCCCUCCUCUUCCUGCUCUGUCUAUCAUCGUCACUCAGUAGGAGGGGCUGAGGGUAACGAGGUGGGUGGGAUUGAGUUGAAGCUCGACCAACCAGAGUCUGAGGAGGAGCUGGAGGCGGAGCCUAAAGGUGACAUCACAGCCUUGAUGUUACGGCAACCGCUGCAUCACAGGAAGACCGUAAUCUUCCUCUGUCUCUCAACACUCAUAUUCACUACAGCGUUUCUAUUGGGCUACGUGGCGUUCCGUGGGUCGUGCCACUACUGUGGUGUUGAGGGGGAGAUGGUCCCUGCGGAGGAUAAGCCUGGAAUAGACCAUGACAACCAGGUGGGGGGUAUGUACCUGGGGGAACUACGGGACAUGCUGAAGAAAUACUUGCAAGACGAGAGGAUAGAGAGUACUGUCAGGCGAGUCAGCAGGACGACCCACCCAUCGGGGUCCUCGGAGGGGACAGCUCUGGCAGCAGAGAUACUAGCGACGUUUAAAGAUCUCCACAUGGACCACACCUGGACCGACUCACACUAUGCUACACUACAGUUCCCCUCCAGGAUCCAGAGGAACUCUCUAUGGAUGGUGGAUUCACAGGGAGAGGUGUUGGAGGAGAUUCCUCUGGAAGAUCCAGACUCCUACUGUGCCUACAGCGCUAUCGGCACCGCCACGGGGGGCGUGGUGUAUGUAAAUUACGGCCGCCAGGAGGAUUUUGACUGGCUGCGGUCUGCGGGAGUGUCUGUGGUUGGCUGCGUGGUAGUGAUGCGUGUGGGGGGCGGGGUUAGUUAUGCUGAGAAGGUGCUAUUGGCUCAGAAGGCUGGAGCAGGAGGAGCCUUGAUCUACCCAGAUCCUGCUGACAUCCCUCAGGACCCUCGACGUCUGGGGCUGAACAGUUACACGGCUAUAUCAGAACACGUCCAUCUGGGAUCAGGCGACCCCUUCACCCCUGGCUUCCCCUCCUUCAACCACACCCAGUUCCCGCCCACACAGUCCUCUGGCCUGCCUGUCAUACCUGCUCAGCCAAUCAGUGCCAACGUAGCCUCCAAGCUACUCAGUCAGUUGACCGGUCCAGUGUGCCCGCGCGGUUGGCAGGGCCGGUUGCCAUACGUCCAUUGUGUCCUGGGGCGGGGCUUCACCUCUGGAGACGACAGGAGGAUCAGGAUGGGGGUCUAUAACACCAUGACUCCUGUUCUAUUGAACAAUAUCUUCUCGUCUCUGGAUGGAAGGAUAGAACCUGACCAGUACAUUAUAAUGGGGGCCCAGAGAGAUGCGUGGGGGCCGGGGGCGGUGAAGGCCGGGGUUGGAACAGCCAUCCUACUGGAGCUGGCUCGGACCUUCAGCACCAUGGUGCAGAACGGGUUUUACCCCAGGAGGAGUCUGUUAUUUGUCAGUUGGGACGCUGGAGACUUUGGGAACGUUGGUGCCACAGAGUGGUUGGAGGUUGGUACUGACUCCUCUCUCUCUCUUCUUCUCUACCUCUAUCCCUCUCUUUAGGGCUGUCCCUCUCUU